GGGGAGGCGUGGGGACUGCGUAACAUCACCUGGAGGUGGGCGGGGCCAGGCGAGGCGAGGCGAGGCGCGAGCCGGCCAGCUGUUGAAAUAUGGCGUCUUCGAAUAUGGAGGAAGAUGAGAGCUUGAAGGGAUGUGAAGUUUACGUCCAAAAACACAACAUCCAGCAAAUCCUGAAGGAAUGUAUCGUCAGCCUCUGCAUUGCUAAGCCUGACCGUCCAAUGAAGUUCCUGAAGGAGUACUUUGACAAACUGGAAAAGGAAGAAUGUAAACAAAUCUUGGCUCGUCAGAAGUCCAAUUCUCAGUCAGACUCUCAUGAUGAUGAGAUUUCACCACCACCUCCAAAUCCAGUAGUAAAAGCCAGGCACAGAAGAGGUGGUGUGAGUGCUGAAGUAUACACUGAAGAGGAUGCAGUAUCUUAUGUUCGAAAGGUUAUACCUAAGGACUACAAGACUAUGACUGCACUGGCAAAAGCUAUUUCUAAGAAUGUUCUUUUUGCUCACCUUGAUGAUAAUGAACGAAGCGACAUCUUUGAUGCUAUGUUUCCAGUAACCCACAUUGCAGGAGAAACUGUCAUUCAGCAAGGUGAUGAGGGUGACAACUUCUAUGUAAUCGACCAGGGUGAAGUUGAUGUCUACGUAAACGGAGAAUGGGUUACGAACAUUGGAGAAGGAGGCAGUUUUGGAGAGCUUGCUCUGAUCUAUGGCACUCCAAGAGCAGCAACUGUCAAGGCCAAGACAGACCUCAAGCUGUGGGGAAUUGACAGGGACAGCUACAGGCGCAUUCUAAUGGGUAGCACGCUGAGAAAACGGAAGAUGUAUGAGGAAUUCCUGAGCAAGGUCUCCAUUUUGGAAUCAUUGGACAAAUGGGAGCGUCUGACAGUGGCUGAUGCACUGGAACCUGUCCAGUUUGAAGACGGGGAGAAAAUUGUGGUCCAGGGUGAACCAGGUGAUGACUUCUUCAUUAUCACAGAGGGCACUGCUUCAGUUCUUCAGCGUAGAUCUGAUAAUGAGGAGUAUGUGGAAGUUGGGAGACUGGGACCUUCAGAUUAUUUUGGUGAAAUUGCCCUUCUGUUGAAUCGGCCGCGAGCAGCGACCGUAGUUGCACGUGGCCCGCUGAAAUGUGUAAAGCUGGAUCGUCCACGCUUUGAACGGGUCCUGGGUCCAUGCUCUGAAAUCCUCAAGCGAAACAUUCAAAGAUACAAUAGUUUCAUUUCUUUAACUGUUUGAAAUUCUUGGAUGGGUUUCUGCCUUUGCGUUAUCUUGUGCAGUUAAACUUGAUCUGUGUUGUUGCAUAUUACACGUGUUUUAUGUAAGUAAUAUCAGAAGCACUGGAAGAAGACUUCAACCUGAUUUUGAAAGGCCAUCAGAAACAGAUAGUUUCUGAUGAAGGAAGGACUAUCAAUCUGUUGACUGAAAGUUCUAAAAUUUGCUCCAAUUUUUUGUCAGUGAAAUUUAAUAAUGGAUUCCAGUUUAUUGCUUAAUCUGCUACAAAUAGGCCACUGCAACAUUUAAAUAAAUUUCCUUGUAGGUGAUCAUGCAUUUUGCUAGUUAAAUGCAUCUUGUUUCUUUGUUUAAAGAUGUUUUAAACAGUGUUUCUUGUGAAUUCCAUGCAUCAAAUUAUUUUAAAGUUCUAAAAUUAUUAGAACGAAUGGAUCAUAAUGUGUUACACUUGAUGAACAUGCUGACUUCCAGAGUAGCCAUUAUUGCUGACUUUGACCAUACAUUUAAAGAUUGGGUAUGUUAUACUGAAUGCUAAAUUUUAAUUACUGCAAACUAUUUAGAAGGAAUUGUAACACUAUUGCACACUUUCGGAAAAAUGGAAAGCUAGAUUAAUGGAAUAUUCUUCAAAUUUGUGGGUUUUUAUUUAUUUUUCUAGUGUAUUUUCAAGCUUGAGGUCAAGUCUUGUUUAUUAUUUAAACAUGAGUCCUAUUUCCAAGUUUAUUCUGCCAGAAACCUCAGUCUUGUUAGUGAGGACUUUAAGGUGUGGCAGGCAUUUUUAUUUGUGUGCACUGAAGUAUAAUUGUAAGUGUAUGAACUGGGGGUUUUUUGAUCAGCUCUGCUUACCAGUGCUGUCUGGAUGAGUUUAUAGCCACUUGCAGCUGUUCCUGGGGACUCAAACACCAGUGUAUCCAAUAUGUAGAAACAGGUUUUAGAAUCUUAAAAGUCUUUGUGAUUAAAAACAAAUUCAAAACAAAUUUCACAAUGAAGUUUUCUGAUAUAUUGUGUGGUCUUAUUUUGCAUUCUUUUUAUUUACAUUUUUUAAAAGUUAGCUCUCUUAUUAAGCUUGGUGUGCUAUUGGAGCUUGCUUAAUUUUAGGCUAUUCCACAAAAGAAAAAUCGCACAAUAUUGCUUUCUGUGCUGAGUUGCAUAUCUAGACAUUUUGGAGCAUCAUUCAGUUUUUAAAAUAAGAAAACCUGAACCAUUCUUUAAUAUUGUAUUUUCCAUCAUUUUAUGUAAUGCCUUUGCUUUCUCAAGUCCAAUAAAAAAGCAUCCUCCAA